AUGUCUGUUUAUGUUGCCGUGUUUUCUGUCCGAUCUCUUGUUGUUUCACUUAACAUCUCAACCGUAGAUAUUGAAAAUUUGCAUCCAGAAAAAGAUUAUGGAAUUCAGGUGGUUACAGUGUACAAGGAGAAUGAUACAAAGGAGACAGCCUGGGAUGAAGCAGUCAUCCAUAUGUUCACCAUGCCUGAACAAAAAGAAAGUGACACUAAGAUCCAAACAGUUUUCAUCGUUUUGUCGGUGGUAGCAGCAGCCAUCCUUAUCAGUCCUAUGAUAGUUUAUCUAGUACGAAAGAGACAAAAGAAACUCCUCCCAUACCUUGAAGACAGAGGACGGACACCAAGCCCGUACAGACACUACACAGAACAUGGAUCCAGAGGAUUCAGACUGGACACCUCAUCUCUGCUCACCUCUUCUGUUGUGCCAGACAAGUGGGAGUUACCACAUAGCUGUCUCAGAUUUGGACAUGUGUUGGGUACUGGUGCAUUUGGCCAGGUGGUCAAAGGGCAGGUAACUUCUACCAUGCUACUGCACCGUGGAGUUCCCCUUCCUGCAUCAAAAGACCACAAUGGGAUAUAUGUCACAGUGGCCAUUAAAUGUUUACAAGAAGGUUGUGAGAACAGCUACCGUAUAGACUUUCUUCAGGAGAUAGCUCUGAUGAAGAACAUUGGCCACCACAUCAACGUGGUCAGCAUGCUGGGGUGCUGUACCCUGCGCGACCCCAUCUGCCUCGUGGUGGAACACAUGCCAUGUGGGGACCUACUCCACUACCUCAAGAACAUUCGACACACAUUACUGGAGCAAGAAAGUGGGUGUGUUGGUGAUGAAACUGGAAAAGCUGUGAAGCUGACAUCCUUGGAUUUGUUAUCAUUUGCCCGGCAAAUUGCUAAAGGAAUGGAAUUUCUGUCAAAUAAGGGGUUUGUUCAUCGUGAUCUAGCAGCACGUAACAUUCUUGUUGGUGAGAACAAGACCCUGAAAAUUGGCGAUUUCGGUUUGACUCGAUACAUCUACGAUGAUAAGGUGUAUGUCAACCAGCGGGGUGGCAAGCUCCCACUCAAGUGGAUGUCCAUUGAGGCAAUAUUUGAACGUACAUACUCCACAGCUAGUGAUAUAUGGUCGUAUGGAAUUGUUUUGUUUGAGAUUGUCACAUUUGGUGGGACUCCAUAUCCUAUAUUUCCAAACCGAGAUUUGCUCACAGAACUUCGACAGGGCUACCGGAUGGAGAAACCUGACAACUGUUCAGAUGAGAUAUACCAGAUGAUGUUGAAUUGCUGGAAAGAAAAUCCGCGAUCUCGGCCUGAUUUCACACAGCUUUGUCUGCAGAUUGAAUCCAUGAUGCAAAACUGUACAGACAUCAACUACCUGGAUCUAGAAUUGGACCUAAACCGAGAUUACUAUACAGCUGAGAGCGAGUCAGAUGAGGAGGGGACAUCUCAAGGAGAGGAUGAGUUGAAUGAAGAGUCUGAAACUGAUCACGAGAAGAACCAGCUGGAGGAUGUAAGAAAAGAAUCAGAGGUUGUGAAAGGAGACAGAUCUGCUUUGAGACAGAAGGUUGUAAAAGGAGAGCAGGAGAUUAUGGAAGGAGAGAUGGAGGUUGUGAAAGAAGACAGAUCUGCUUUGAAACAGGAGGUUGUAACAGGAGAACAUGAGGUUGUAAAAGGAGAGCCAGACAUUGUGAAAAAAAGCAAAUCUGCUUUGAAACAAGAUGUUGUGAAAGGAGAGCAGGAGGUUGUGAAAGUAGAGUCAGAUGUUGUGAAAGAAGAGAUAUCUACUUUGAGGCAGAAGGAUCAGGAGGUUACUUGUUGUUUAGACCUUGGAGCAUCUGAUGAAGUAUCAACAACUUCAGAAGAUAAACAUAUAAACACUAACCCAAAUGAAGAAAAUGUCAACAGGAACAUAUCUGAAACAGAAAACUUCUCAAAUGUUUAUGAUUCUGCAAUAAUGUCAGAUGCUGUGCCAAGCUUAGUUUGUGCUCAUAAUGAAAAUGUUGCAAGUGAAGAUACUAAUGUUUGUUUUACAUCCAUAUCAAAUGAAGAUGUCUUAGUUAGAAAUCCAAAGCCUAUCUUUUCCAUCUUUUCGAACAUAAAGGACUACACCGUACCUAUUGUGAAGGAGCCAGAAAGUACUGUACGUGACUGCAGCAGUCACAUUAAUUUAAAACAAGACGGUGAACUGGCAACAGUUAGUGAAAGCAGUGAUUCAAAUAUUGAGCAGGAUUUGGAUGAUGUGUUCACGGAUGAGGAUGGAAAUAAUUGUGAAUUUCUGUACACUUUAGAACCAGCAAGGAAUGCAAUCUGUGAACAUCUUAAUCUGUCCUCAGAUGCUAUGUCUGACAUGCAAACAGUCUCUUUGUCUUCUGUGACAAGCACACAGUAUUUGAUAUCUGAAAGUGAUGAGCAUUUCCCAAGGACUGAAUCUCUGGUGUCAAUAACAAGCACUGAUUCAGGUUUCCCCCAUAGUCCUGUACAGAGGGAUAACACUUGCUAUGCUUUAGGAAUACAAGUUUGUGGUAAAUACAAGAAAGCUGCUAGAAACCGGUUAUACAGUUCUGGCAAAGUUUGGCAAAAACUGAAAAGAAAGCAUAGAGUGUUCCAUGUUUCUGAAUGUUUUCCAUCCAUAGCUCAUUGAUACUGAAAGAGUGACAGAAUGUUUAAAAUCAUGUUAUUUUCUUGUUGGAUAACUACUUCAAAUUGAUAUGUGCAAAAUGAUGAUUAAGUACUGGGCAAUAUUUUCCAAAGUGACCUUAGAGCUAAGAUAACUAUCUUGUGCACUUAAGGUGAUCUUAGUGCUAUGAUCAUUUCAUAAAAAAAAUGGAGUCCAGGUCAUUGAAAGAAUAAAAAAACAGGUAUAUUUUCAAUCAGAAGUGAAAACAUGUAUAUUUUCAAUCAGAGGAGAAAACGUAUAUUUUCAAUCAGAGGAGAAAACAUAUAUUUUCAAUCAGAAGAAAAAACAUAUAUUUUCAAUCAGAGGAGAAAACGUAUAUUUUCAAUCAGAAGAAAAAACUUAUAUUUUCAAUCAGAGGAGAAAAGGUAUAUUUUCAAUCAGAAGAAAAAACAUAUAUUUUCAAUCAGAAGAAAAAACGUAUAUUUUCAAUCAGAAACUUUGACUAAGUUGAAACCAAAGAAAAAUUAUAUUUGCAAUCAAACGUUUUUACUGAAUUUGUCAUGAUACAAUAUUUUAUCUUUGUAAUAUAUCAGAUAAAAUA